ACUUGGCACUAGCACUAACACGUACUAGCACUGCACAUCAUAUCAGCGCUGCUGUCGUACGUCGGGCUCUAACGAAUCUUUCUCCUUAAAAUUCAAGAUAUUAUAAAACUCCGGCCAAAACUCCUCCAGCCGGACGGCUAUUUCUGCGAGUUGCAGAGAUCGGAGCAGACUCCCCGGCGGUAAUGAAUGAUGUUAUUCACAUGAGUCGAUUUUACCGCUGAUUUCUUGAGUAUCUCCAUGAUGGGGGUCUUUGACAAAUGUCAGAUUGUAUUUGACCUUGAUGCCAUCAAGGUCAGCUACAAAGUUCGUCAGGGAUUGAAGACAAAGAUUACCCAUCACAGUGGUACUGUGGCCUACUCACUCAAUAACAAGACUACCCAUAUGAUAGUAGAUGAAAGUAAAAGAGGAGGAUUCUCUCAUAAAUGUAACAAGGCACAGAAGCUGAACAUCCCUAUCGUCGGUACAUCUUACUUGGAUGACUGUGUGGCUGCGUCACGAUUACUCAAUCCGACUCCAUACUUGGUUGUUGUUACACAGGCUCAAUCAAGGUUUGGACAUGGCAAGAUUUCAGGUAUUCGCCAGAGGAAAGACAAAGACUUGAUCAUCAAGAAGAGAGCAUUUCAUCUGGAUUUACGCUCUGUUAGAGUAUAUCCAUGGAAUGCCCCAAAUGCUCCAGAGUUUCCCUCAGAAGGAGAUUAUCUUGUUGCAAGAACUCUUCUUCUGGAUAGUAUCAAAGAUGGGAAGACUGGUAAACAUACCUUUUAUCAGUUAGAGCUACAUGCAGUUAAGAAGAAGAUAGGAGAGAGAAGGGAUGAGGAACCAGACAAUGAUUUUAUGUAUAGGGUGCUUUCACAUUAUGGAGAUGUGACAGAACUGAAGGAUGAAGAGAGUGGAGUGAAAGAAUGUCGAUAUUUGAAGACAAGUCAAGCAGCAGUUGAUAUCUACCGUCAGUUAUAUGAACAACGCAUCAAACCACCAUGGAAGAUGAAACGGUGCAAGAAAAUCAUCUCCAGAUGGAUAGGUUCUCCUACGUUCAGAAAGGAUUCGUUUGAGGCUAGUUGUUUGGCUGGAGAGAAGUUGUCAUCAGAUGUAGUAUCUCUUGUUGAACAGAUCUGGUUGGAAGCUGUAGGUCAUCUCAAUGACAUACUUUCGUGCCCCAUGGCCAGUGUCACGCAUGAGCAGAUUGAGAAAGGUGAAUCCCUGCUACUGCAGAUCAAAGAAGGUCUGGAUACAAAGACUAGUCAAGCUAAGAUGUCCAGGCUGAUCAUGAGUCGGGAAUACUACUCUCAGAUCCCUCAUAAUAAGAAACAGCUUGGUUUGAAGAAUAAACAGGACAUCACCAGAGAACAAGGCAUCUGUCAGUUGCUAACAGAUGUUCACAGUGUGUGUGAGGCUACUGAUUGGUCACUUCGUGCAAGUACAGGGGCCAAAUAUCGUACUCUACGUUGUCACAUUGAACAAAUACCAUCUGAAUCAGCAGAAUACCAGCAAGUUUUACAACAGAUUCAAGACAGCUUUACAGGGAAAGAGGCCUUCAAGGUAAAUAGAGUUUUUGCAGUUGAUCGAUUUGUAGAAAAUGCAAACUUUACUCAUUACCUCGGCAACAAGAAGCUUUUGUUUCACUCUUCAAAACCAUCCAACUUCCUGGGUAUCCUUUCCAGAGGCUUGUUGAUGCCAAAGAUUGUGGUUGAGGAUUUGGGAGGCAACCGGACAGAUGCUGGAAUGCUAGGACAUGGAAUCUACUUUGCUGAUAGUGCUAGCACUAGUGCCUGUUACUCUGUGCAGAGCACUUUGAGCCAUAGUCGUUUCCUGGUGAUGUGUGAGGUAUCAUUGGGUAGAUGUCAUGAGGUGAAUGAAUACCAUUCUGAUCUCAACCAACCUCCUAUUGGCUUCGACAGUGUCAAGGGUGUAGGAGCCAUACCUGGACAGAUAGCAUCAGAUUUCAAAGCUAAUGAGUUUACAAUCUACAAUGUAAAUCAACAAAGACUGAGAUACCUGGUGGAGUUUUCUAUGCCUGAGGAUCAGAGUGGUACUCCUCCUUCAACUUUCCUUCCUGAUCUUUCUACAAUUGCCAUGGAAACAGAAGAUGCUACAGAGCAACCUACACCUCUGACUGUUGAAAUGAAAGAUGUGAUGGCUGUCCCUAACCCCAAUGACAAAGUUGUGAGUGGUUUACAAAGCACAUCGAGCAAGCCUAUUCCUCUCAAGAACGUUUGUGUCAGAGCAAAGAUGAUGGAUCUAGCUGCCCAGGUUGUUAUCUUUCAAGAAUAUGACAAUAUGAAUGCGGAGUCUAUUGAAGCUAAGUAUGUUUUCCCAUUGGAGGACAGUGCUGCUGUAUGUGGUUUUGAGGCUUUCAUUGGUGAUAAGCACAUAGUAGGCACAGUCAAAGAGAAAGCUCAGGCACACAAGGAAUACAAAGAAGCUAUCAGCAAGGGACAUGGAGCAUACUUGAUGGACGAGGAAGCUCCGGAUGUGUUUACGGUGAGUGUAGGCAACCUGCCUCCUAAGGUGAAGGUGGUGAUUAAGAUCACAUAUGUUGUAGAGCUGUCUGUAGAGGGAGACAAGAUAGCUUUCACCCUUCCAGGGAGUGUUGCACCAUGGCGUAAAGAGGCUGCUAUCUCACAAGUACUGCAGAAAGAUGUUGCCACUUUGAAGAUCAAAGACCAAUCAUCAAUUUCCUUUUCGCUGGCAGUGUCUAUUGAGAUGGCAGCAGAUAUCACAUCAAUACAAUCUAGCACACACCCACUGAAGAUCAAGCAAACAGCAACCAAGGCUGUGAUAACCUUGCCAGAGGACUGCACCAGUCUUGGUGAGGGGUUUCAGUUGUUGGUUGGUGUGGUUGAUAUCCAUCGUCCUCGCAUGUGGGUUGAGCAGCAUCCAGAGAAUAAACACAGUCAGGCAUGCAUGGUGACCUUUUAUCCUGACUUUGAAGCAAGCAACGUUGAGAAGCCAGAGAUUAUCCUGCUACUAGACUGUUCUAAUUCGAUGAAAGAAGGUGCUCUUAAGCAAGCAAAGCAGAUCCUGCUUUUAACCCUCCAUCACAUGUCAGAUGAUAGCAUCUUUAAUGUGGUGACAUUUGGAACAGGGUUUGAGGAGUUGUUUGCUAGCAGUCAAGCCAAGACAGAGACCACCAUCCUCGCCGCCACCACAUUCAUCAAUCAAGCUUGUGCUACUCAGGGUAAUACAGAUGCUUGGCGCCCCCUUCAGUCAUACUUUCUGCUCCGAUCAGAGGGGCUUCAGAAUCUUUUUCUUGUAUCUGAUGGUCAUAUCAACAACGAGCAAAGUACACUGCAUGCUAUAGCUCAAAACACACACUCUCGCGUCUUCACCUUUGGUGUCAGUUCCAGUGCCAACCGACAUCUUUUGAAAGGCAUGGCCAGAGUUGGCUGUGGUGCUUAUGAGUUCUUUGACAACAAUGCUAAAUCAAGAUGGGAAAACAAGGUGAAGGCUCAGUUGAGCAAGGCCAAGCAACCAUCGGUAUCAUCCCUUGAGGUGGAAUGGAAGCAGCAUGAUAAUAACCCUCCGACCCCAGUCCAGGCUCCUUGUCAGCUUACAUCACUCUUCAAUGGCUCGAGAUUGGUAGUCUAUGGCUUUGUACAAUACUGCACAGAGGCUUGUUUAAAGGCCAGCAUAGAUGGAGAGGAGGUGUCUACAAUGGUCUCUACACCAGAGAUGUGUAUCACAAAGGGACAGAUGUUGCACCGUCUGACAGCCCGUGCCGUGAUCAGAGAUUGGGAGGAUGGAACUCUAGAUCCAGACAAGACCCAUCAUGAAGCAAGGAAGAAUGAACAGAAGUCAUAUGUCAUUGAUCUCAGCAAGAAAUAUUCCAUAGUCACUCAACUAACUAGUUUUGUUGCCAUUGAAACAAGGGAAAAGGGAGAGGACUUGCAGCAAGGAUCUGUAAGCUUGAUAAAGCUUGCUGAGACAGAGGAGGUAGACUUUCUUUCCUACAUGGAUUGGCAGAAGACAGUGAGAUUAGAUACAGCCCAAGAUGUGGAUCCCAUCCAGAAGGUGCAGGACCUCCUAGACCAGGCUAACAUAGAGAGUACUUUCUCAAUCUUGAAAGCAGAGGAGUAUUAUAACCAAGCAUUGAGCCUAGCUGCUAAUCAGUUACCAGACUCUACAGAGCUCUAUAUCAAGACUGCCUCUGCACUACAUAAGUUCCUGAGUGAUUCAAAACGAGACUUUGACAAGGCUGAGAAUUUAGGACUUCAGGUUCGACGUGCUCAUGUGAACACGAUAUUACUGAGAGAUGCAAAGUUAUUGGAUUUGUGGAAAGCUAUGAUUCCCACCAAGAGUGGACAACGAGUUCAACAAGUUCAACAUCGAAACAUUUGCAGGGUGAGCUUUGGGUCUCCCUCAGUACAACAAGAAGUACAGAGUGGACAGCUUCAUCAACGAGUUGGUCGAAUCAGUUGCCCGAGGGGCUUGCGGUCUCGCUCAGUACAACAAGAAGUACAGCAAGAAGUACAGAGUGGACAGCUUCAUCAACGAGUUGGUCGAAUCAGUUGCCCGAGGGGCUUGCGGUCUGGCUCAGUACAACAAGAAGUACAGCAAGAAGUACAGAAAUCAACAUCAAGGUUAAUAUCUAGAUUAGAGAAGCUUAGUGAAGUCACGAGACGAGGACAACUUGCUCUAAAUGAAUUUGCUACUGCUUCUCCUCCUCCUCCUGCUCGUGCUCCUCCUCCUCGAACAGGAUUUGCUGACCUUCCUCCACCCCCACUUCCAUUAAAAAGAUCUGCUCCACCACCCCCACGCUCACCGAGACUUCUUGGCUUUCAACCCAUGACUGAAUCUUUAGAAACAGGAUUUCUUGCUGGUGGUGCUCCUCCUCCUCCCCCUGGUGCUGCUGCUCCUGGUGAUUUUUUUGAAAGACAUAGUAACCUCCCUCCACCCCCACCCCACCCACUAACUCCAUUAGGGGCAUCUGCUCCACCACCCCCUCCAGGCUUGGGAUAUGUUGAGCCUCCACCAAUACAUCCACACUCUAUAACAGGGAUGAUUCGAAACAAAUUAGGAGGUGCUCCCACACCUUUUCCAGCCUGUGCUCCUCAACCACAAAGGAGUGUUCCUCAAUCACUGAGGAGUGUUCCUCAACCACAAAUGAGUGCUCCUCAACCACAAAGGAGUGUUCCUCAAUCACUGAGGAGUGUUCCUCAAUCACUGAGGAGUGUUCCUCAACCACAAAUGAGUGCUCCUCAACCACAAAUGAGUGCUCCUCAACCACAAAGGAGUGUUCCUCAAUUCCAACAACAGUCCUAUGCUUCUGAUUCCAUAACGCCUACUUCAGCAUUCUUGUCAGAGGUACAUGGACUAGAUGAGUCUCCACCCCCACAAAGAAUCGCCCAGUUAUUCAAAUGCUCAAAGAAAAGAUCCUUUGGCAGGAAAUCUGCCUAUUCACCGAUGUCUGUACAAGCAGAUUCUGUGAAAGCUCUAGAUUAUUCACCCCCCUCCCCUUCAUAUUCCCCUACUUCCCCUUCAUAUUCUCCUACUUCCCCAUCAAGCUCCCCACUUCCAUCUGCAGAUGUUAACCAACAGACCAUACAUCCACUAUCAGAGAUUACAAGAGCUUCUCAUGAAGAGCAGAUGUCUGCGUUCAUGACAUGCAGUGAAAAGGCAGCUGACACAUCAGGUUGGGAUACUUUGUCUUCAGCUGGUGAACCAGAAUACCAAUGGAAGCAAGUUUCAAAGCCAAAUGCGACCUUACACUCAAAGUCAGCUGAACGCCAGGCACAACCUGUCAGAGAGUUGAAGAAGAACAUGAUGAGUGUUGUAGGGUGUGACAUGAUGAGUCUUGGUGCACCAGAGCCUGUAUUUGGCCUUGUAGCGUGGGGCAUGAAGAAAAGCCCUGAAAAGAGAAAAGAGAGGGCAUUUAUUGAAGAAGAGAUGCUCGAUGAUGUUUGUGUUUACGGAGAGGAAGAAGAGGAAGAAGAUGAAGAAGAGGAAGGAGAGGAAGUAAACUAUGAGAUGAUGUGUGAUGUUACGAUGUCUGAAGCUUGUAGCGCUAAAGUAGACAAGGAAGUGUAUGCCCAAUAUGGUUCGGUGAAGCUUCAAUCAUGUUCAAUGGGAUCAAGUUCACUAUCAAGCUCAAGCUCAAGCUCAAGCUCAAGCUCAAGCUCAAGCUCAAGCUCAAGCUCAAGUUAUCUGUCAAGUGAAGUAACAGUUGAAGGAUUAACAUCGCGAGUGUACACACGUAAGCAUGAACUGAAGAUGUGGCAGCAUGCUCUGUGUAAAGGUAACAUUCCAGAGUCUUUCCCUGGUUGGACUAUGAAGGAGCUCUCUGUGUUGAAGCAGGCUGUGAAGGAUUUCAUGAUGACCCUUGAACCCUACCAAGUUCCUAUCAUAGUGCAGUCAUUACCAGAUAAAGCCACUCUUGAAGCUUUAGUGGUUAUGGAUCUAUUCAGUUGUGUAGAUGACUACCUUGAUGAAGAGGAUGCCAGUUCAUGUGAAGAAGAUGAACCUGAAUCAAUGGUAUUCUUCACCCUGGGCAAAUAUGUGAACUUUGUGAAACUAUUUGGUCUUCUCAAGAAUGCAGGCAUACACUCACUAGGAUCAAAGACUGGAGCUAAACUUCUGAGAGUAUUGAUGGUAUCCUUGGUUGUAUGUUGUGCAAAGAAACUCUCAUCCACAAAGUCCACCGACCAUCUCAAUCUCAACCAACUUACCCAUUACAUUCACCAUCUAGAGAUUGCUCGUACAGAUUCCUGGAUUGAGGUUGCCUCUCAGAUGAUUGCAAACUAAUCAUCUAGAGAUUGCUCGUACAGAUUCCUGGAUUGAGGUUGCCUCUCAGAUGAUUGCAAACUAAUCAUCUAGAGAUUGCUCAUACAGAUUCCUGGAUUGAGGUUGCCUCUCAGAUGAUUGCAAAAAAAUCAUUUAGAAAUUGCUCAUACAGAUUCCUUGAUUGAGGUUGCCUCUCAGAUGAUUGCAAAAUAAUCAUCUGGAGAUUGCGCAUACAGAUUCCAGAAAUGAGGUUGCCUCUCAGAUGUUUGACAAAUGAUCUAGCUAUCAUC